AUGGAUCGCAGUCUCGACGAGAUUCUUGCUGAGCGCAAGAGCAAAGAUGGCCCUCGCGGUGGUCGAGGCGGCGGCCAGAGGCGACGUGAGCGCGACAGACAGCAGGAAUAUCCCCGCGAUGGCGUCAGAAAGCUUCUCGCAGAUCCCGACAACCGCGUCGAGGCCGAGAAUCGCCAGAGCCGCAAGGGCACCAAAGUUCGAGUUGACAACCUGCAUUGGGAGCUCACUAAGGAGGAUCUCGAUGACCUCUUCACCCGAAUUGGACCAGUGAUCAAGCUCGACAUUCGUUACGACCGUGCUGGUCGCUCUGAGGGCACCGCAUUCGUCACAUACGAGUCGCAUCAGGAUGCGUCAAAGGCGGUCCGAGAAUUCGAUGGGGCCAAUGCUAAUGGCCAACCUAUCAAACUUGCUAUUGUCCCCUCAGGACCUGGCCCUCGCCGCAAUCCUUUUGACACUGCGAUCAUGCCUGGGCGUCCACUCGCGGAGCGCAUCACCGUUCCCGGCGGACGCAGCCGCUCCUUGUCUCCAGGUCGAGAUCGAGACGGAGCCGCUCGUAAGGGUAUUGAUAGGUACGUACCCGGUGGCAAUGGCAGUCGGUCUCGGAGUCCCCUACCCAAUAGAAGAAGGGAGGGUGGCCGACGUCCUGGCGCGAGGAGAGAGGGCCGUGGUGCACGACGGGAUGAGGGAGAGCGCAAAGGAAGAGAGGGUCGCACCAAGAAAACUCAGGAAGAACUAGAUGCCGAGAUGGACGACUACUUCGGCGGCGGCGAACCUGCACAUUCCGUAGCGCCGUCGAAUGGAAACGGUCAGGCAACAGAGGCGACAGGGGAUGAUAUUGACAUGAUCGAAUAA